CGUCUGAAUUUAAGAAUGCAGCGCCCUCAGUGAGCAGUCGUGGAACUGUAAAUAUUGACAUUGUUGUUUUGCGUUGAACGUGUAUUCGUGUAUUUGUGUUUGAAAAUUAGUUUUUUCAAAAUAUUUAUAAAGACUUUUGACUUUUAUAGUGAACGAGUGUUACCGAGUGUACUACUGUGUAUUUAUUUUCAGUUUUAUAAAACCGGUUUAAAUGGCAAGACUAAGUUUGGUAGAGUAUUUGAGCUAUAUUGAAGGCACAAAUACUUCUAGAAGUGUUCGCGAAGGAGAAGAAGUACUCAAUGCCGGGCACGUUGUACUAUGUGGGAAGAUGAAUUCUUCAACCUCCAAUGACAUAUUGAUUUGUGCUUUGUGCCUUCAGAGUAGUGCACUAACCUCCGAUCCACACAACAUUAGAGGCGAACUAUAUUUGGAUUCAGCGACAGGGGGUAUUAAAAUAAGGAAAAUGUUGUGUACUUGCAAAGCCGGAAAUAGUGGCAAAUGCAAACACAUUUCUGCAGUUUUAAUCAGAUGCACAAGGUGUAUCAUUUUACUAAUUCAUAAGGGCGUAAUCGUGCCAAGUUGAUUUUGAAUAGAAUGAAUUACGUGCUUAUUGUCCUAGUUUUUUUUCUGCUGUUUUUUUUUUGUUUUAGGGAAAAUCUUGAAGAUUUGGAGAUGAUUUCCCAGACAGAUCUAAAAUGUGUUUGGUCAGCGCAAAAGCUGAUGACAACCGAAAAAUAUAAGGCAGUCCCUAUAGAAGAAAUGCCGUGCUUCAAAAAUAAAAUUGAGAAGUGUCAGCUACCAAUGAAAAAAAAUGAUAUGUUCAAUUUUUUUAAAAGCCGGCUACCUGAAUGUGCAAUUGCUAAACAUGAGUAGGAUGCUAUAUUAUAUUAGGUUGAGUUUUAUAAAAUUGAAAUGUUUACGGUUUUAGUAUUGGUAGAAGAAGUUUUGAUGGAACUAUAAUUAUGCUCGAAACUGCAAUAAUCAGAAUAUAUUAUGAAAAUGAUUGUUGUGAGCCAUUGUAUGGCGAAUUAUUUAGCAAAGAUGCUGAAAUAAUAAUUAAUAUACCACAACAAUCUAAAGAGUGGCAUGAACAGAGGAAAUAUAGAGUUACAGCACUACUGGACUGGCGUGUAUUUAUAGGUUCACGAAUAUAUGAGCUUUUUACCUACUCCAAAAACGAAUGGGAGAAUAAAUCGAAGAAAUAUUUUUAUGGAGGAAGCUUCCACAACAAAUACACAAAGCAUGGGGUGAAGUUUGAGAGUGAUGCUAAGGAGGCUUUCAUUGCUCAAACCUCCUUUCAUGUUGUGGAUUGCGGGAUGGUUGUGUCAAAUUCAAAUCCGUGGUUGGGUUAUUCCCCAGAUGGGGUCAUUUUUGAAAGUGGAAGACCUGUUGCCCUACUGGAGGUGAAAUGUUUGUACGAAGGAGCUACCAAGACCAUAACUGAAGUGCUGGAAAAAUGUAGGUUUAUAGGAAAAAGAGGAAAUGCAUAUUCUCUUCGUGAGAAACAUAAAUACUAUGCUCAAGUCCAGUUGGGGAUAAUAGGUUUCACAAUAAGGCAUCGUUUCUGA